AUGUCGGCUUCUCAGAAGAGGAAUCUUGAUUUCUCCCCCUCACAGGAAAUAGCCACAGAUCCCAACCACUCCUCCAAAAAACCCCGCCGUUCAGGUCGUCUACAGGCCAAAGCCUCAUCGAUAGCUGUAAUCCGAGAACCAACCCCUCCGACACCACUGGUGGAUGCUUUAAAAACUCCAAAACAGGAACAUUUUUUCAAAGCCACCGGAACCGCCGCCACAACAUCUCCAUCGCCGGCUCCUUCGCCUUCACAAGUGAACUGGGAAGCAACACAGCUAGCCACACAAGUUGCUUCGCAGUUUGCGGUACCUCCGGCUGAAAAUAGUGAUGUUUGGGGUUAUCUUUUACCGUUGGAUAUGGAUAAGUCCUUGGGGCUUGGAGAUGUAUUGACCUUGAAGAAACGAAGUGCUUGUGAUGAUGAGCCGAUUUCCGGGUUUAAGAAGCCGAGAGGACGGAGUGGCGCUGCUGAUAAAGGUGGGAAGGGAGCGCCUAGUGGGUAUCUUAUCGGGAGACAUUUGGAAUGUGAUUUGCGAUUGACCCAGCCGACGGUGUCGAAUCGGCAUUGUGUUAUUUUCAGGGAAAUCUCCGGGAAAACAUCAAAGGCUAUAAUCGAAGAUCUUUCGUCAAACGGCACCUUCAUCGGCGGCUCCAACGUCGGCCGUAAUAAUCGCCGCGAACUCCGUAACGGCGACGAAAUAAAACUCGUCGAUGGUGUUCGUUUCAUGUUCCGUUACCCACAACAGCAAGCAACGGGUUCUUUCUCCGAUAACUUCGAACUGCCCGCCAAUGGUACCCUAGGAUCUGGACACUUCGCAACUGUGUUCGUAGCGAUCGAGAAGAGUACAGGUACGAAGUAUGCAGUUAAAGUGUUUAAGAAACGUAGAAAGGACGACGGACGGGGUCAACUGGGGCUACAGCAGGAAAUUGCGGUGCUGAUGAGUGUUCACCAUCCUAACGUCUUGUGUUUGAAGGAAACAUUUGAUGAAGAUGAUGGAAUCUACUUGGUUUUGGAGUUGGCCUCGGAAGGAGAGUUGUUUAAUUUGAUUAUUGAGAAAGGGAAAUUGAGCGAAGAUGAGACGAGGAAAAUCUUUGUCCAGUUGUUGAAUGGGUUGAAGUAUUUGCACGAGAGAAAUAUCGUUCACCGCGACAUCAAGCCGGAGAAUAUUCUCUUAACAGACAAGAAUCUGACGUGCAAGUUAGCAGACUUUGGUCUUGCGAAGAUUAUCGGUGAAGAUUCGUUUACUACCUCACUAUGUGGCACACCGUCCUACGUCGCCCCUGAGAUACUUAUGCCUUCUAGGAACAGGAAGUACACGAAAGCAGUUGAUAUUUGGUCGCUCGGCGUCGUACUCUAUAUUUGCCUCUGCGGGUUCCCACCUUUCAGCGACGAAUUGGCCCCGCCUAACCUUCGAGACCAGAUCAAAGAAGGACGAUUCGAUUACCCAAGCCCUUACUGGGAUUCCGUUGGCGAUGCGGCACUAGAUCUAAUCGAUAGAAUGUUGACGGUCGACGCUGAUGAGCGGAUUACGGUCGAGGAAGCGCUAGAACACCCAUGGGUCCUUAAUAAACCGUUUAACCCGGGAAUGAGCACCGAUUCCGACGCUAGUCUCGCGGGUCACAUGCAGAGUUUGCAGGUUAGGAGACGAGGAUUGGAUAGAGAGAGGACGCUUAUCGCGGAUAUGAUGAAGGGAGAUGGUGCUGUCGGGACAGGGACGGCUAAGGCGGCAGGGAAGCCGGAAACAUCGAACGGUACUAAACCCGGGAAACGAGAAGCUGUCGGAGAGGGUGAUGCUUUUGUGAAUCUUGGGAAGGACGGUGCAGCUGAACCUUUGUUUUCAGAUCAGGAGGUUGAGGAACCGGUGACGAACGGAAAAGAGUAG